AAGCAAGAGCACACCACCAAAACAAUUAAUUGGUCCCAAAAUAUAAGUAAAAGUGAGUCAAAGAAACUUGAUGUAUUUUGUUAAAGAUUUAGACUAAAUACAUUCACUUUUGUUGACCAAUAUUUGCUUAUAUUUUGGGGCCGAGAGAGUAUAGUCACUUGCUCAUGCUAUAUAUAUCAUGAAAGUGCUAGUUCAGAUUGUCCUCCACCGGUAGCUAAUUUAUUGUGACUAGUUUCAAAAUGAGUUUACUUUGGAAAAACACUAAAAUCAUGGAUUUCAUAACACUCAUCACAUUUCUACUGUUCUUAACCCCUGCACCCUCUUCCUCCCAAAAUCUUGGAAACAAAAACAACAUAGUACUCACUAAUCGAAAGAUGAUGUUCCUUAAACAAGAAAAUCUAACCUCGUACGCUGUCAUCUUUGAUGCUGGUAGCACUGGAAGCCGUGUUCAUGUUUACAAUUUUGAUCAGAACUUAAAUCUUCUUCAUAUUGGUAACAAUAUUGAGUUUACUGACAAGAUCAAACCAGGUUUGAGUGCUUAUGCUGAAAAUCCCGAAAAAGGAGCAAAAUCUCUCAUUCCACUUCUAGAAGAAGCAGAGAGUGUGGUCCCUGAGAAUCUGCACUCCAAAACACUUCUUAAGCUUGGAGCAACAGCGGGUUUAAGGCUUUUGGACGGGGAUUCAGCUGAUAAGAUAUUGCAAGGGGUAAGGGAUUUAUUCAACAACAGAAGUACCUUUAAAGUUCAAUCUGAUGCUGUUUCUAUUAUAGAUGGAACACAAGAAGGUUCUUAUAUGUGGGUGACAGUUAACUAUGCAUAUGGGAAUUUAGGAAAAAAUUACAAAAAUACAGUGGGAGUAAUUGACCUUGGAGGUGGAUCAGUUCAAAUGACAUAUGCUGUCUCAAAGAAAACAGCACAAAAUGCUCCAAAAGUUGCUGAUGGAGAGGAUCCAUAUAUAAAGAAGCUUGUACUCAAGGGAAAACAAUAUGACCUCUAUGUUCAUAGUUACUUGAGCUUUGGUAAAGAAGCAACUCGAGCACAGGUUUUGAAGUCCACUAAUGGAUCUGCUAACCCUUGCCUUUUAGCUGGAUUUAAUGGGACCUUUACAUAUACAGGAGAGAAGUAUACAGCUUUUGCCUCUCCUUCUGGCGCCAAUUUUGAUAAAUGCAAAAAUAUAAUUCUUAAUAAAGUUCUUAAAGUGAAUGCUCCAUGUCCCUAUUCUAAUUGCACUUUUGGUGGAAUAUGGAGUGGUGGAGGAGGAAGUGGACAGAAAAAUCUUUUUGCUGCUUCAGCUUUCCAUUACUUGACUGAAGAUGUUGGUUUGGUUGAUCAAAAUGUAGCUAAUUCCAAAAUUCAUCCGGUAGAUAUAAGAAAUGAAGCUAAGAGAGCCUGUGCAUUAAACUUUGAGGAUGUUAAAUCCACUUAUCCACUUCUUACGGAGGAUAAACGUCCAUAUGUGUGCUUGGAUCUCUUAUACCAGCAUCUAUUGCUUGUUCGUGGAUUUGGUUUAAAACAAAAACAAGAGAUUACAGUGGGAGGAGGAAUUCAAUAUCAAAAUUCUGUUGUGGAAGCUGCAUGGCCUCUAGGUACUGCUGUGGAAGCCAUAUCAGCCUUGCCUAAAUUUGAGCGAUUAAUGUAUUUUAUUUAGGCUUCUGGCUAGACAUGCUAGCUAUUUAAUUUCAAGUAUUUCAAUGGUGAAAACCAACCUUAUAAAAAAUUAAAUAAAAUGCGACUGGGCGCGUGUGUGUUGCCUUUGCAUUCUUUCUGUUUAA